ACCAGGACAGCAUGACAGAUGUCUGUCUCCACUGCCCUCUCUACCUUUAACCUAGGGUUGUUUUCUCCAUCAGAUAAGAAUAAGACAAGAGGCGGGGCAGGCGCCCAGAAAAAUCCGGGAACUUUUAUUUAAACUAGGGUGGACGUCAGCGGAGAGUUUGCGAAAGAACACAAGGCACUUCCGGCUAUCCCGGAAGUGAGAGUACCUAAGUUCCUCCGCCGGCGGAGGGCCAGGGUGAAGGGAUGGCCUGGCGGACGGCGCGGCUGAUGCUGCUAGCUGGAGCAGCCGCACUAGCAAGCGGUUCACAGGGCGACCGAGAGCCGGUGUACCGUGACUGCUUGCUCCAGUGCGAGGAGCGGAACUGCUCCGGGGGCGCACUGAAGCACUUCCGCUCCCGCCAGCCAAUCUACAUGAGUCUAGCAGGCUGGACUUGUCGGGACGACUGUAAGUAUGAGUGUAUGUGGGUCACCGUUGGCCUCUACCUCCAGGAAGGUCACAAAGUGCCUCAGUUCCAUGGCAAGUGGCCCUUCUCCCGGUUCCUGUGCUUCCAAGAGCCAGCUUCUGCUGUGGCCUCUUUCCUCAAUGGUCUGGCCAGCCUGGUGAUGCUCUGUCGCUACCGCGCCUCCGUGCCAGCCUCUUCCCCCAUGUACCCCACCUGCGUGGCCUUCGCUUGGGUCUCCCUCAAUGCUUGGUUCUGGUCCACGGUCUUCCACACCAGGGACACCGACCUCACAGAGAAACUGGACUACUUCUGUGCCUCCACUGUCAUCCUCCACUCAAUCUAUCUGUGCUGUGUCAGGACCGUGGGGCUGCAGCGCCCAGCCGUGGCCAGUGCCUUCCGGGCCCUCCUGCUGCUCAUGCUGACGGCGCACGUCUCCUACCUGAGCCUCGUCCACUUCGACUAUGGCUACAACCUGGCGGCCAACGUGGCUAUGGGCCUGGUGAACGCAGCCUGGUGGCUGGCCUGGUGCCUGCGGAACCGGCGGCGGCUGCCUCACGUGCGCAAGUGCAUGGUCGUGGUCCUGCUGCUGCAGGCGCUGUCCCUGCUCGAGCUGCUCGACUUCCCGCCUCUCUUCUGGGUCCUGGAUGCCCACGCCAUCUGGCACAUCAGCACCAUCCCUGUUCACGUGCUCUUCUUCAGCUUUCUGGAAGAUGACAGCCUCUAUCUGCUGAAGGAAUCAGAGGCCAAAUUCAAGCUGGCCUGAAGGCCCUGGAAGCGAAUCUCCCCCUUUGGGAAUCCCGUUCCUCCAUGCUGGCUCCUCUUCUCCCCACCAAUCCUUGAGAUGAUUUAUAUUUUCCUUUUAGCAUCUUGCAUUUGGACAUGAAGGGUGUGAGCCCAGAAUCAUGUAACAUGCCCGCCCCCUUACUUGCCCCCACA